CACGUGACGCAGUGCGGAAGUCCUGACUGUUGUGUUGCUAAACGGUAGCUGGGUGUUUUUCACCCACAAAGCGGCUUUUAUUUCAGUAUAUGACAAUAACGUUGACGAGAAACAACACCUAUGGUCAGGAUGACACAGAAGCACUGUCUGGAGGGCCAGGUGUACUCUGUGCCUCUCAUCCAGCCAGACCUGCGCAGAGAAGAGGCCAUUCAUCAGAUAACGGAUGCACUGCUUUACUUGGAGACCAUUUCCACAGACAUUUUCAGGAGGGUGUCUGAGAGUGUGGAGAAGAACCGCCACCAGCUACAGGCCGUCAACGACCGGAUCAGACUGGCUCAGGCCCGCGUUGACAAGAUUAAAGGCAGCAAGAAGGCCACCAAGGUUUUCUCCUCGGCCAAGUAUCCAGCCCCAGACCGGCUUCAGGACUACUCCUCCAUCUUCACGGGGGCCACAGACCCCUCCACACAGUCCCACCCUCGACACAGGAUACAGAAUAAAAUUCGACCGUUUGAUGAGAAGACAUUGCAGGAGAAGUUAAUGUAUUUCCCAGUGUGUGUGAGCAAUAAGAAGAAGUCUAAGGAUGAGACGGAGGAGGGACUGGGCAGUCUGCCACGGAACAUCUCAUCCGUCAGCUCUCUGCUGCUCUUCAAUACCACGGAGAAUCUAUACAAGAAGUACGUGUUCCUCGAUCCCUUGGCAGGAGCCGUGACCAAAACGCACACAACGCUGGAAACGGAAAAAGAAGACAAGCCCUUUGAUGCUCCUCUGUCCAUCACCAAGCGAGAGCAGCUGGAGAGACAGACAGCAGAGAGUUAUUUCUACGUGCCAGAUUUGGGCCAGGUGCCUGAGAUCGACGUGCCAUCCUACCUUCCGGACUUGCCCGGCAUCGCAGACGACCUUUCCUACAGCGCAGACCUUGGACCGGGAUUCGCCCCAUCGGGACCGACACAAAACAUCCCCGAUCUCCCCUCCUUCUCCGAGGACUGCAGCGUGCCAGAAACGCCAAUCCUGCUUGACAUGCCACCCCCGCCUCCCCCUCCACCUCCCCCUCCGCCGCCCGAGCCCGCCGUCACUCCCGCCACUCCUGCCGGAGCUCCCCCUCCCCCGCCUCCCCCGCCGCCUCCUCCUGCUGACAGCCCCACGGAAGUCACUCAAACGCCAAGUUCAGGGCCCGUGUCUGGCGACCCCAGCGAGGUGGUCCCGCCGUCAGACGGCCGCGCCAGCCUGCUGGAGUCAAUCCGCAACGCCGGGGGCAUCGGGAAAGCCAAGCUACGCAACGUCAAGGAGCGCAAGCUGGAGAAGAAGAAGCAGAAGGAGCAAGAGCAAGUAGUCGGGCCUUCCUCCAGCGGCGGAGACUUCAUGUCUGAUCUAUUUAACAAACUUGCCAUGAGAAGAAAAGGCAUAUCCGGUAAGGGUCCGGCUGGAGGGGAAUCAAGCGACGCUCCCGCCAUCACCGGCGGCGCUUUUGCCAGGAUGUCUGACGUGAUCCCGCCGCUUCCUGCCCCCCAGGCGGCGACCACGGACGACGACGACUGGGAAGCUUAACGUCACUCAACACUGACGGCACUGAUAAUAAAAGCAUUUGAUAGGAUUUUUUUAUAAUUUUGUGUAUGAAGAACAUAAAAUACUAUAAAAAAAAAACUUAAUUUUAAAGAUUUUUAGUUUUGCUCAUAGAUCCAUUCAAAUCUAAUGUAGCUGACAUGAAACAGAAUCAUCACCGGCUUUAAGGGACAAAACAUUUUAAUGAAAUUAUUCAUUGAAAAACAAUUUCAUCACAAUUUGGUGAAACAUCAGUCAGCAAGCUUUGCAUAGCAUAACAACUAGUUUUACAUAGAAUACUUGAAAUAUUUAAAAGUUGGAUAUUGAAUCGUCACACGUGCCUACCCUGCGCCUGAUGUCUGCUGUAGCUCUUUCAGUAUUGCAUUAAAAAAUAAAAGUUUUUCUUUCUUCCUUCUGAGGCAUCAGUGAUGAAAAUAAAAGGUGAUAAAUUCCUUUUCAUCUUUUAUCUUCAGUGUGCUACCAAAUAAUUCUUUGGACAUAUAACGGCGAAUAAAUAAUACAGA